GAUUUUGCCUAUAUAAUGAGCGCAAAAUCUGGUAAAUGGUUAAGUAUCAUUUUAGUAAUCGUCGAGUAUCGAUCUGCUAGUAAUCGAAAUUUCUCUUGUUCAAAAAUGAAGAUUUACGUUCUCGUGUCUGUUGUGCUGGUUAUUGCAACGGUUAUCACCGCUGCACCGUAUGAAUUAUCAUCGUCUGGUGAGUUUGAACCACUCGAAGAGAUCGCAGAAGAGCCAUUGGAAGAACGUGCUACUAGACAAAGAAGAGUGACCUGUGACCUUUUAUCUGCUGGCGGUUUCGUUGGUGAUACUGCAUGUGCUGCUAAUUGUUUGAGUAUGGGUAAAGCAGGUGGACAUUGUAAUGGCAGCGGUGUUUGCGUCUGUCGACAAGAUUCUAUCAAAGAUUUAUUCGACAAACGUUUCGGUUAACGACAACGAAAUAAGGAUUAUUAUUAACGAAAUUUGUAUUACUUAUUAUAAAAAUUAUAUACUCUUUUAUACUUUAUAAAACAUUUCUGUACGUACAAUAUAAUAAAACAGUUGUUUCGAUAAAAAGUUAUUUCUAAAUUAAAUUG